CGAAUUUUUAGGACACAGUUGACUGGGGAAAAUGGAGUUGAUGUAGCUAAACUGGUCAUUAACGUCGCCACCGUACUGCAUCAGAUACAGGCACCUAUGCUCUGACUUUCAUUCAUGUUAUUCAAUAGAUUACAAGAUUUCUCAUGAAACCAGAGGUUCCGUAGCUGAACAUAGUCGAGGCACGAAUUGCAGCUACGUUCGGGUGUUCCGGAGGCUGAAUGUGCCAUUUUGCUAAUGGACUUAUUGCGUUCGAGUCAAAAAAUUGCGGGACUCCAUCGUUCAUCGAGAAUGAAUAAUGGCUGCCUUCUGGUUUCCAAGUGCCAUCAAGCAGUUUCAUGCAGUUCUUUGAGCGAAGUGUUUUGGUGUUGUGUGGUGUUUGAAUCUUUGAUUAGCACUUCCACAAUCUAUAUGUAUAAUUGCUGACGCCUCUCGGAUGACUAGCCACGUACACCGUGCGUGACAGGGUUUUAAGCUUGAAGAAUUCUCAUGGAGUCCGUUGCCUCUACUUCGUCGUCCCCACCGGAUGGCCCCCGUCUUCACCUUCAUCGGUUCAAGCCCUCCCAAGCUGUGGCUGACCGGAUUGUUCGAGCUCUCCACCAUCACCUCCACCUCCUUUACCGCUCCAAUUCUAACUUCUUUGUGUUGGGAGCCACAGGCAAUGUUUACAUCGUGUCUCUAUCCUCCACCCCUUCGUGUACUUGUCCCGAUCGUAUUACUCCAUGCAAACACAUACUAUUUAUCUACAUUCGAGCCCUGGGCAUGUCGCUUGACGACGUAUGUCUUCGGAGGAGAACGCUUCGACCUUGCCAGUUGAAUCGUUUGCUUGCUGCACCUAUAAUAUUAGAAUCACUUGCAGAGAUUGGCAUACGUAGAAUAUUUCAUCAACAAUUCUUUCAGGUAAAAGAAAGAGGUUCUUCUGCAAAUGUUGUGGAAGAAGGGACUGCAUGUCCUGUUUGUUUGGAUGAUAUGAAGAAGAACGAUCGUGUUGUAGCGUGUUCGACGUGUCGAAAUCUUGUUCAUGAAGAUUGUUUCUCGAGGUGGAAACGAAGCAAGGGAAGGAGAAGGGUUAGUUGCGUAGUGUGUAGGGCACGGUGGAAAGAGACGACAGAUCAACAAAAGUAUUUGAAUUUGUCUGCCUAUGUCAACGAACACGACGUAGUUGACAACAAUCUCUAGACUAGUCAAACGAACAUCUUAAGAUCUCUCGAAAUAAGAUGGUAGUGUAAAAUCAUCCUCAAGUACUUCAACUUCAAAAUCAAUGUUAAAGGGAAAUUUAUAGCAAGCUUAGAGGAAUAAGAUGUAAAUUAUUUUUAUUGUUAGUUCGAGUUAGUUUGAUUGA